AUGUCAAAAAUCAAUGUUCAUUUCUCAUCAUUGAAAGGUCAAAAAUUUAACAGCGUUUUCGAACCGGGUUUUGGUUUUGAUGAUAUCAUUAGAGUUGUUGAAGAAAAAUUAGGUGGUGAUGGAUACCGCUUGGUUGUUAGUGGAAAAGAAUUUACUAAAGAAACAUUUAAUCAACAUAAAGAUCAAAUUAAAAAUUUAACAACAAUUUAUGUAUGUCAAAAUUUGAAAGGUGGAUGCGAUUUAAUAGACAUUGAUACACAUAAAAAAACAAUUUUAACAGAUUUAGGCGAUGAGUUACGACGACGAAUUGUAUUACCUGAGCUACAAGAAUGUAUGAUAUGUAUGAGAUCAAGAUUUUGUCAUAAAUAUUGUUGUACGUCAUUAUGUAAAAGAUGCUUUUGUGAUAACUUUGUCCAUUCAGAAUAUAAAUUAAAAUGUUUAAAAUGUGAUCAAAAUUAUCCGUUGGAUAAAUGUUUUAAAACACAAGCAUUAAUAUUAUCAUUGAACCAAUUAGAGGAAUCAUUAUUGAUGGCACGAAAUAUUGAUUUUCAAAUAUGUACAUGCGGUUCAUUUGCGAUAAAUUCAACCAUGUAUUCACAACAACAAUGUCAAGAAUGUCAACGGUGGUUUUGUUUUUUUUGUAAUCGUGAUUGGGAUUCAAAACCAAAAAUGGAAAAUACACGUUUUACAUGUAAAUCAAAUUGUUACUGGGAAACAAAAAUAACAUAUCAAUUAGUACCACUGACUAUGAAUAAAAAUAUAGAAGUACCGAAUCGUAGAGUUUGUCCUCGAUGUACUCAGUGUGGUGCCUACGACAAUCAAUGUAAGUAUCAUACAUGCAAGUGUGGACAUCAGUUUUGUUUUAUAUGUCUGGAAUCAAAACCAGAAUGCAUACGAAAAUAUAAAUCAGAAUAUAAUCGACCAUGUGCUAAUGUAAAAAAACAAGAUUAUACAAUAUUUCCAAGAAUGGCUACUCAUUGUUACAUUUCUACAACAAGAAAUAUAUCAUCGACAACCGACAAGGAGCAACCAUACACCACGAAGAAAAUUAAACGGGAAAAAAAUAAAUAUUUUGCUGCAACUAAUGUUCAUACAAGACAAGAUCAAGCAAUGAAAAAACAUGUAGCAAGAAUUUCAAGCGCAUCAAAACAACUAAAACAACAAACCAGAAAUCAGUCCACUAGCCACGAUAGAAUUCCAGAUUCCACAGAAUCAAAUUACAAUAAGAAAAAUCAAAAUAUUGUAUCAUCUUCCGAACCAAUUGAAAUUACUCGUCGGUCUAUGUUUUUUGUAGGUGAAGAAAAAACACGAAAAGGGAUCAAGUCGACUACUCCGCCACCACUGUCAUCGUCAUCACCAUCGCGAGCACGCAUAUCUCAACAGCAAAUGAAUCUCGAAGAAAGCUUGAAUCCCAUUUCAAGGCAUGUUCAAAAUGAAAAACAAAAUAUAUCAUUGUCAUACAAUGUUUCAAGUAGUAUCGUCGAAAACAAACAUAUUGAUUCAAUAAAAUUUCAAGCAGAAUCGGGUCUAUGCGGGUUAACAAAUUUCGGUAAUACAUGCUACAUGAAUAGCGCACUUCAAUGUCUCAGCUCCAUACCUCAACUGACCGAUCAUUACCUGAACUUAAACGACGAUAAAAAGGAAUCCAUCACUGCUGUUUACAGUCGAUUAAUGAAACAAAUGUGGUCUGAACCACCAUUUUCAUCAGUAACUCCAAUCGAAUUAAAAUUAUUAAUUGGACAGCAUGUACCAGUGUUCAAUGAUUAUAAACAGAAAGAUUCACAACAGUUUAUGAACACGCUAUUAAAUAUGCUAAAAGAUGAAGACGAUAUAAUCGACAAAUUAUUUUCUCUCUUCAUAAAAUCGGCCGUAACAUGUCCCCAUUGUAAGACUACGAAUGAACGAAUAGAACCAAUGACAUUUCUACCAUUACCAGCACUAUCAUCACCAUAUAAUGUGAAAUUAAAUGAUUUAUUACAAGAUUUUUUUAAAGAAAAUAUAUUGGAUGGUGAUUACUAUUGUUGGAAAUGUCUAAAAAUGUCGACAGUCAAACAAAAGUCCGAUCUUUGUAGACAGUUACCACCAGUGCUGAUUAUUCAAUUGAAACGUUUUCCUUAUAACGAAUCCAAAGAAAAAUUUGAUACAUUCAUCGAAUAUCCAAUUCAUAAUUUGAAUCUGAAUAGAUAUGUUUUAACGGAAGCAAAAGACAGACAUAACGAUAGUUUAUAUAAUUUAGUUGCUGUUUCAAAUCAUUAUGGAACUUUAUCAUUCGGUCAUUAUGUUACCAGACAAAAAACAAUUCCAUCUAAAGCAACAAAAUCGUAUGUGCAUUUUCACGGAGCAAAGACUGAACUAGCAAAUCAAAAUCAGAUCGUUAUAGAACAAGAAUUUAGCGAUAAAGAUAUACAAAUUAUUAUUUUAUUCAUUCAAUAUCUUAAAUGUUGGGGUUUUUUUUCGACAUCACAGAAAUUAUUGGAAAUAUCAUCUUCCUCUACAUUUGUAUCGCCACUACAAAUACAAGAAACAUUAGUUAACGUUAAACGAAGACAUAGCAGAACUGACAAGAUUCCCAAGAACAAUACAACAGGUUUAUGUGGAUUAAUGAAUAUAGGUAAUACAUGUUAUAUGAAUAGUGCACUUCAAUGUCUCAAUGCAAUACCACCGUUCAUUAAUUAUUUUUUAAAUUUAAACAUAAUCAACAAUAAAAAUACAGUAUCAAAUGUUUAUAAUCGUUUAGUUAAACAAAUGUGGUCAGGACAGUCAAAGUAUGCUGUUCCAAGACAAUUAAAACAUGUUGUUGGUCAACAAGCUUCAACAUUUGCAGAUUAUCAACAGAAAGAUUCACAAGAAUUUAUGAAUUCAUUAUUAAAUAUAAUACAACAAAAAGAACAUAAAUCGAGACAAUCGUCAGUUAUAAAUCAACUUUUUUCGAUAAAUAUUCAAUCAUCUGUUAUGUGUGAUCAAUGUAAAUUAAGCGAUUCAAAUAUGGAAACAACUAUAUUUCUUCCAUUACCAUUACCACAAGAAGACGGCAUGGAUUCAUCAUUAAUGACACUUGAAGUUUUAAUUGAAGAUUUUCUCAAAGAAGAUCUGUUAGAUGGUGAUUAUUAUUGUAGUCGAUGUGAUACAAUGACAAAAGGCAUACAAAAAUCAGAUCUAUGUCUACCAUUUCCAACAGUUUUAAUUAUACAAUUAAAACGAUUUCCGUUUAGUGGCUCAAUAGAAAAAGUUGAUACAUUCAUUCAAUAUCCAAUUUAUAAUUUGAAUCUUAAUCAAUAUCUAACAUCGAAAACAACGACGAAUGAUUGCACCGAAGGACAGUACAAUUUAAUUGCUGUAUCAAGUCAUUCGGGUACACUUCAAUAUGGUCAUUAUGUUACCUAUGGUAAACAUCAUCAGACCAAAGAAUGGCAUCUUUUCAACGAUCAAUCUAUUCAGCCUGUAAACGAAAAAGUAGUACUAACAAAUAAUGCUUACGUUUUAGUCUAUUUAAAAUCAAACUAUCAACCGAGUUAA